AUGACUCUGGAUAUCGACCCCAACUAUAUUCUGCAGGCCGCGCGACUGACGGCCAUUGUUGCAGCGGUGCCUCGCCAGGACGACCCUCGCUAUUCGGACUGGGAGGUGAGGAUUUACCUCGAAGUGAGUCGGCUUGAAAAGAGUUUCCCGCAGCCCUUGAAGUCGUUGAGGAUGCCUGGCAUCGUCAUCAGUGCGUUGCUGGAAUUCACCCGGGCGUACCAGCAGAAGGCCCUGGCGCGGCUGGACCACAUAUCGAACGAUGACGAGAGGAUAUACAAGAGGUACCCUCUGGCUGUGCGCGAGUAUGGGGAGUGUGAGGACCUGGGAAGGCAGUGGUGGACUGAAGAUCCAUAUUGCAAGCUGCCACCAGUGAAGAGUACGCCAGCGGAGGGCUGGGGCAAUGUGCCAGCCGAUGAUGACACCCAGGGACAUGGCGAGGAGGACCUGGCUACCGGGGACCUCGUCACCAAGGGGAAAGGCAAGGAGAGAGCUGACAAUGACGUUGGGACAGGCAUGGUGGGUGAGCGUAUCGUCCACGUGGAGGUGGGGGAGGACAAGGGAAAGGGCAAGAGCAAGGAGAAGGUGCAGGGGAAGGCGGCGCAUGUGAUGAGCGAGGAAGAGGAUGGGGGAGAGGGAGAGGGAGAGGGAGAGGAGCAGGAGGGCGAGGAUGACGACGAUGCUGACAGUGAUGAGGAUGACGAUGCUGACAAAGAUGACGAUGAUGAGAUGGCGGAAGACGUGCCGGGUGCAGGCCAGCCCGAAUCCAUCGAGGUCGAUGCGGCGUCGCCCCCUCCACCAACUGCCAGACCAAUAUCGAUCUCGCCAGCUGCCCCAUCACUCCGAAAGUGCAAGGCGGUCAUCACAGAGUCGAGUGAGGAGAGUGAGAAUGAGGAGGCGGCUCCGAAGGCGAAGCGGAUGAAGCCGAUCGAGGUCGCAAAGGAGAAAGGCAAGGCCCCGACCACCUCUGGCCGAGCGCAGCGUGUGCAGAAGAGGAUGGCGCAGACCGAGGUGGAGGGCUCGAAGGUGAGCACGAAGAAGAGCGGGAAGAGGAAGGCGAAGGAGUCAAACGAUGAAGAGGAAGUACCGACCGUCAAGCCGCCAAAGAAGAAGCAUGCGACGAAGGAAUACAAGAGUAAGGAGUUCAUCGAAAGCGAAGACGAGACUCCGGCACCGCCUUCCAAUCUACCCGCCAAGACCGCAGGGGACUCUAACGACAGUGUUGCGAAGAUGAACGCCCCUGCCAAACCUGUCAAACAGACAACGAGGAUGACGGCGACGCCUCAUGUCGCACCGAAGGCGAAGGCAAAGGGGAAGGCAAAGGCGACGGUGAAGGGGAAGGCGACGGUGAAGGGGAAGGCGACGGCGAAGGGGAAGGCGACGGCGAAGGGGAAGGUGACGGCGAAGGGGAAGGCGAAGGUGACGGUGUCGCAGAAGGACAUGUGGAAAAAGACGUCCACCCGCGUGUCUGACUUCAUGUGGGCACAUGCAACAGAUUCGCUCGUCCCUUGCGUUGGCUGCCAGGAGAAAGAGUGGCCAUGCAAGCUCAACACCGCCAACUUCAGUUGCUGCCUCGAAUGUGCAGCACGAGGCAUCAGUUGCAGCAUCGCGCCGAGGAACAUGGACGGCGUGCCCCUGCGAGGAAACUCACACACUGCACAGCGUGAGUUCCAAGAGAUGUGCGCAGCGCUGGUGGUAGAGGGCAAGCCACUGCCCACGUCGCCACCUCCAUACGAUGUCAAGGUCGACUCCGAUGAGCCUGAUGGUGCAGAACCCAUGGUCAUGGGAGCGUCGAAGCGCAAGCUGCCGAAGAAGACCAAGACGUGCAAUGCUGCAGCAUCCAGCUCCAUGGUCAAGGGUGGUGAGGAGGUCGAGGCGACGAAGCAGAAAGCGACCGUCACGCGCUAUGAAGCCAACGCUGAAGGCGAGGCCUCGGUGGAGAAAUUGUCGAAGUCCAAGCGCGCCACCAAGUCCACCACCGCCACUGGAGCUGUGGCUCUGUCCAACUCUGGCGAGGUCACCAACUCUGGCGAGGUCUCCAAGUCUGGCGCGCCUGCCAAGUCUGGUGCGGUCGCCAAACCUGGCAAAGGUAAGAAAUCAGGACCCAAGCCAAAGCCGGUGAGGAGCCAAAACUCAGGUGCGCAAGAUGGUGGCGAGGUCACCAGGACCUCAGUACGUGAGGCGGAUGAGGUCCCGCCUGCCAAGUCUGUUGCGAAGGAGGGCGGGCAGAUGACAAGGGUGACGAUGGGAGGUCGCUCGGGCCCAAUGGUGCCGUGA